CGCUACUGUAUGCAUGAUACGUCUUGUCAUAGGUCGUUCAUUCUGUCGAUCCAGACAUUGUUUAUUUGUUUGUCAACCUACUUGUAGACUAAGAACCGCAGCUAUGGCUCCACCGACUUUGCCCGAGGGCUUUCUCUCAGGCCCUGCGCCUAACCUGACCCGGAUUGACAUUGACCUGAGGAAGGAGCGUAUCCUCCCCGCAUACGAUGACCUCUGGGCUGUAGUCCUUGAUGGCGUGCUGUCAGAAAAAGAAUGUGAUGAAUUCAUUGCCGCAGCCGAGUCGACAACCAAUGCGAAUUGGGAGCGCGCUAUGAUCAACAUUGGAGGUGGCAUGCAGGCUUUAUACGAGGACACAAGGAAAUGUGGACGCAUCAUCUGGGAUGACCGAGACCUCGUAGCAAAGCUUUGGGCCAGAAUUGAGGACGCAGUGCCUGAGAUCCACAAGCUGAACAAUCGGCCGCACGUCACUGGCAAUGGGCCUGUAAAGAGAAACGAGACAUGGAGGAUGACGAGGCUGAACGAGCGUAUGAGAUUUCUGAAGUACGUAGGCGGGGAGUACUUCAAACCACACUGCGACGGCACGUACGAGACGCCAGAUGGACAAGAGCGGUCGUACUACACACUGCACCUGUACCUGAGCGAUGCAGACGACAGCAGAGGUCAGGAAGCGCUCCAGGGUGGUGCUACCACCUUCCACUCAUAUGACAUGCAGAGGCGCCUCGACGUAAAACCCAAGUAUGGCCGUGUGCUGAUGUUCCAGCACAGCUUCCUCCUCCACUCCGGCGACGACGUAGUGAGUGGAACGAAGUACACCAUGCGAACGGAUGUCAUGUUCGCAAAAGAAGCGGCGGAGGAAGCAAACUUCAAGCAUUUCCGCAAAGGAGAGAAGGCUGCCGGCUACGGCAGCGGUGGAACCUCGAGUCGGAUUGCGGGCACCGUUGGGGAUUGGGAAUCAGUAUAAAGCAUUCGUUAGUAGUAUCCCAGAACCAGUAGAGAUAGGCGCUGCCGCAGACUUACAUAAAAAAAGGUGGUGAACGGCCUGCCUCGCCAGAGUAAUCAGAAUCGAAUGAUACCCUUCCUCUUUCGCCGAAGCUACUCGAAGUCAGGCACGCUGCGUAUUGUACUACAGUGUCACUCCGCAGAGCACACAAUCUUCGCA